CUGCAAAUCAAAUCAUAGGUUGUAUCUCCGGUCAUGCUGUUGUACAGGCUCUCGAGCCUAGUAACACUAGGAUCACUCUCCCUGUCACUUUUUCCCGUUCCAAUAUCAGCAGAGGUCGUAUCUGCCUCCUCCUCUUCCUCUUCGUCAACCCAACCGAAUGCGUCGAAACACCGAUACGAAUCGCACGCCACGACGGGAGAUCUAGUCUGCAGGCCUUUUGGAGAGUGCGAGCCUUGCCCGCAAGAUGAGCUCCAUCGUCCUUAUUGUCAUCCAUACGGGAACCGCCGACUCGUGCACUGUAUCCCGCAUUCACACCUCGCCUCCAACCCUUCACAUCCCGAUCUCAAUUCCGCUUCUACCGAUGAGACGGGUAACCACCAUAUCAAUGAAACCAUCACGGAAAAUGCUCCGCACGUGAUCGGGAUCGGAAACCAAGAGGGCAAAGUGGACGUCGCCGGGAAAGGAGGGGAGAUCCCGGCUUGGGAGAGUUGUGGAAAGGUCGUCGCGCUGGAAAGAGCUGGGUAUGGAGAAUUUGUCACGACAAACACCCUCUUCCUCAUCGUCUCCCUCUUCAUUCUCAUGCUUCGAGCCAACAAGCUCGCGGCGGUCCAGUAUCGGGCGUUGGCGGCCAAGAUUGGGAUCGGUGGAAGCAUCGUUUAGAAGAAUGUCCGUUACAGCAAACUAAAGGAGAGCGGAGGAAAGGGGGUUGGUGAGGUGAAAUCAAAUGAGGUUGUUGUAUUUGGGUUCUGACUCUUUCGGCUUUGAGUAUGCAUGGAGUUUAAAAUGGCAUCAUGAAAGCGAUCACAUUGUAGCCCCGGCUAUACUAAGUAGCUAAUAAUCGAAUCAACAUGCGGAAGGGCAUCGAGACAGAUUGGACAAGAAACAGAGCUACUCUCAGGAAAUUUGCGGACAUGCCAGUCUUUCAAGGGUCGCAGAAUGAGUCCAAACGCCAAACGAACAAGGGCACCCUGUAGUUGUUGCCAUUAGCGCAAGGUCGUCUUCGACAUCGAAGGAGGCAAAUGAGAGCGAGGACCAUCGAUUUGAAUUGGUUCUUGAGCAGGGCCGAUAUGGCGAGAUCCCAUGGAUGGC